AUGCCUGGAGAGGUCCAAUGUUUAAAGGGGAUGGCGAAGUACGACGAGGUCGUUAAUAGUGGGAACGCUGUGAUGAUACAUUUUAUGGCAGCGUACAACAACCAAUGCCAAUUAGUUGGACCUGUUUUCAAAUCCAUGGCGGAAAGGUACCCUGGCAUGGAAUGUUAUUAUGUGGAUGUUGACGCGGACCAGGCAAUCGCCGAUAAAGCUGGCGUCAGGGCUAUGCCGUAUUUCGUAGCGUUCAAAGACGGCAAGAAGGUGGACGAAUUUUCGCUUGGUGCCAACCGGACAAAGCUACAACAGCUGUGUGAAAAGAUUGCUUAA